AUGUCUGAAGAAUUGAAUCGUUGGAAUAUGGGAUUAUUUUUCCCAGGAAUGGCCCAUGUCCACGAGACCAUCGGCAUUACAGGUCAUAUUUUAAACAAAGUAGGAGCAAAAGUCGAAGACCGUAAGGGAAUCUUACUGUUAUUUCUAGCAGAUGAAGCGGCCAUGUUGAGGCACAGUGAUGUGGAAAACUGGGUGUUGCAGGCAAAACCAAAAGUAGGUGGCCUACAACCUUGCAGACUUAAUAACCUUCUCCGGAGACUGGACACAGUCUGCCCCAAAAUCCGGGAUGACGAAAUCAAAGUUCUGGAAGAGACCAUCGAAGGCGUUGCCGGCAAUAUGAAAGCAAUUGACGAUAUCAUUAAACAAGAAGAAGAAAGCCAAAACCUGAAAGAAGAUAUUUCUCAAAUAUGGAAGGACUUCCGAGGACCGUCUGUCUCAGUUUUACCGGACGACACCUACCUGAAUGUGAUUAAUAUAACAGUACCUGGAGAACUAGAAACAGAAGAAUCGGAAGAAGAAGAAGAAGAAGAAGAAGAAGAAGAAGAAGAAGAAGAAGAAGAAGAAGAAGAAGAAGAAGAAGUAGCAGAAGCGGUGGCCGAAGAAAAAGAAGAAGAGAUAACAGAAAUAAAAGAAACAGUUGAAGUAGAUAUAGAAGGAGAUAAAAAAACAGAAGUAGACGAAGAAGAAAUAGAAGAAAAAGCUGUAGAAGUAGAAAAAGAAGACAAAAAAGCGGAAGAAAUAGAAGAAAAAAAAGAAGAAAAGGCCGCAGAAGUAGAAAAAGAAGAAGAUAAAAAAGCGGAAGAAAUAGAACAAAAAGAAGAAAAGGCCGCAGAAGUAGAAAAAGAAGAAGAUAAAAAAGCGGAAGAAAAAGAAGAAAAGGCGGUAGAAGUAGAAAAAGAAGAUAAAAAAGCAGAAGAAAUAGAAGAAGAAAAAGAAGAAAAGGCAGUAGAAGUAGAAAAAGAAGAUAAAAAAGCAGAAGAAAAAGAGGAAAAGGCCGUUGAAGAAGAUAAAAAAGAAGAAAAGGCCGUAGAAGUAGAGAAAGAAAAAGAUAAAAAAGCGGCCGAGGCAGAAGAAAAAGAAGAAAGUGAACUUGGAAAAGUGGACCCAAAAGUCGAUCCGGUAUCAAUACCCGAACCGGAAUCGGAUGAACCAGUUGAGAAAAAAACUGAUGCCCCAGUAGCUCUACCCGAGAAUGACGCCGGCGUAGCUACAGCGCAACCAUCAGCAGCAGCAGUGACGACCGAUGCUCCGAAACGUGGCACGAAAAGUCCCAAAAAACCGAAGAAAAAACCUAGAAGGAAACCGAAGAAGCCGCGUAGGAGAGGUACGAAAGCUCCGAAGAAGGUUACUACCGCUGCCCCAAAGGUCGUUAUUACAACCACCCCAAAGGUAGUUACCACUACAACACCAAAGGUAGUUACCACUACAACACCAAAGGUAGUUACCACUACAACACCUAAAAUAGUUACUACAACCACUCCAAAAGUAGUUAUCACCACAACACCUAAGAUAAUUACCACUACAACGCUUGAGCCGUGUGUAGACGUAUUUAGCGUCGAAGAGAAGCGUUACCAAUGCAAAGGUUACUGGAAACGAGGAUUAACUAUUCUUGGUCUGCAAAUUAACAAACUCAAGAAGGAUAACCACGAACUGUUUCUAAAAGUCAUCGACGCCAAUGGUAAAAUCAAGUUGGCCCAGGAAUCGAUCGCUGAACACAAAAUCAACGUCAAAGCUCUCAAGAAAAAAUUUGCUUGGCCAGACAAAGACAAUCUCGGAAACACGCACAAAGAUUGCUCAGAUGCUUUAAAAAAGGACCACAAGAAACCUGGAGUCUAUUUAAUUCAUCCUGUUGGAUCACCAUACAAAGUUCAUUUACUUUGUGUUGACGGCUGGACUGUCAUACAAAGACGUUUUGAUGGAUCAGAAAAUUUCCACAGAUCUUUCGAUGAAUACCUUUCUGGCUUCGGCAAUUUCUCUGGAGAAUUCUUCGUUGGUUUAGAGAAUCUUCAUCGUAUGACCCUCAGCCAGGCCUACACCCUACGAGUUGACGUCAAAAGCGCCGCUGGCAAAUGGUAUUUUGCUGUAUUCAACAAUUUUGCAGUGUCUGAUGAGACUGACCAAUUCCGUCUCAAAUUAGGCAACAUGACAGCUAGCAAUUCCGAUGACGUUAUGGAUCAAUCACGUGACAGACCCUUCAGUACUUAUGAUCGUGACAACGACGAUUGGUCAGGUGGUAACUGCGCUCAACAUUUCCGAGGCGGAUGGUGGUCGGGUAACUGCAUCACGAAUCUCAACCAAAUGUGGUGCAGCAACGGUUGUUUGAGAUGGGGUGACACCCGCGUGGUCUCUUCUAUAAUGCGCAUUCGACCGACAUCCACCGCUGAUCCUGACGAUAUGACUGAAACCCCCAAUCCAGUCGGUUUCUCAAUCAAAGAAUAAACUUAAUUAUUCAAGAACUGUUUAAGAUGAUUUAUAAUUGCCUUUAAUUAAAGAACAAUAAAUAUUCAAAAAUUCUAAAUUCUACCACACCAGAUCUUUUCGCCCUUCAUAUCUUCUGAAAGUCACACACGUGACAACACACACUAAAAAUAAUCACAUCAAGUAUACUAAAUAUAUUAACGAUGGUGGUUUGUUGAUAACUACUACAAUUCUGGACACGUAAUUUCUGUUUAGUGGAUAAAGGAAAAAUUAAACAUUUCUGAGAACAAGAAUUAGGAUGAAGAAUAUAAAUAAUAAAUUGGUAAAUUAAGAACAAAAAUAAAAGAAAUAAUAAAUUAUAGUUAUAAAUAAAUAAAAAUCUAAAAGAUAACGAUAAAAUGAUUUCUCUGCAGUUAUAUCUUUUGGCAAGAACAAUUCUGUGUAAAACAUGUAAAAUUGUUUAGUUUUUUUCUCGUUCUUUUCUUUUCGUGUGUAUCGUUAUUUUUUUAAUAAGUAUAACUGAAAUAAUUGGCAUAAAAUUCUUUGACGUACAUUUCUCCGUGUAUUAACCUUCAAUGUGCUAUAAAAACAUAUUUGAAAAACA